AUUUUUAACGAUUGUUAACAACUGCAAGAGCUGGAUAGAGAUCAACAUCUGAAGUGGUAGUGGCGUAAGAAAAUCUUACCACCGGCCCCGAUAACAUCAUGGCUGAAGCGGAACAGGCGCCCGAACAAGACAAGGCGACCGCUCAAGGAAAGCAAAUUAUCGCAACCAAGGUCACCGGUACAGUGAAAUGGUUUAACGUUAAAAGCGGCUAUGGUUUUAUAAACAGAAAUGACACCAAAGAAGAUGUGUUUGUCCAUCAGUCUGCAAUCAUCAAGAACAACCCCAAAAAAGCGGUUCGCUCAGUGGGCGAUGGGGAGGUAGUCGAGUUCAGUGUAGUGGUAGGGGAGAAAGGCAAUGAAGCAGCCAAUGUAACUGGUCCCAAUGGUGAUCCAGUCAGAGGGUCACCGUAUGCUGCUGAUAGAAGACGUGGAUUUCGUCAAUGGUUUUAUCCGCGUAGAGGGCGAGGCGCCGGCAGAGGAGGAGCUCGUCGUCCACCAAGAGACGAGUAUGGCGGCCCUGAGGAGGAAGGAAAAGAAUCAUCUGAGGUAGUUGAAGGAGGAGGGCCGCCAAGACGCUAUAGACCGCGACGUGGACGUGGCGGGUAUAGCGGCGGCGGCGGCGGCUUUGGAGGAGGUGGUGGUUACGGCGGUGGCGGCGGAUAUUACCGCUCGUAUCGUGGCCCGCCUCGCUCCGAUGAGGAACAGGGUGGUGAAGGAGAUGGCGGAGCUCGUGGUCGUAGACCCCCAAAACGAUUCUUCCGCAGCAUCAUUUUUAGAAAUUACAGAGGAGGCGGCCGUGGUGGAGGUAGAAGACCUCGUUCGUCGGAAGGAGAUGGCCAAGGUGAACAAAGCGGGGAUGACAGUAGCCGUGGUCCUCCAAGACAACAACGUUACCGCAGACGUGGUGGUCCACGACGUGCAUGGGAUUCUGUUUCAGAAUCUGGAAAGGCUGAAGAUCUUUCUGAUACUACUAAGCCUGAUGAAAACCAAUCCGUGCAGAACACCACUACUGAAAGUCAAGCUUAGACUAUCACCUGCAACUUUUUACACACAAUAACUAAUCUUUAUUAAUAACAAAACAACUUUUAGUGUGUGAGUCAUUUAAGGAAUAGCAAAAAAGACAUUUCAUAACAAUACUUUAUUUAAACUAUUGUGUGAUUUUUGUAUAUAGUGUUUAGUUGGAUUUGGUACUGAGAGAUAGCUUUAAAGGAGGAUUUGUACUUUUGAUACCUUUUAUACAUUUGUAAAAGUUCAUUAAUAAUCCUCUUACAAAAUUAACUUGAAGUACCAAACAAGUACAAAAACCAAUCCCAGUGCUCGCUAAGGCGAAAAUCGAUUGUUAUUUUAUCACAGCGUAUAUAACCGAUUGUUCUAUUAUUUUUUAUUGUUUUUGAAAUGUCUUAAGAUCCAUUCCUUGAUGCUGCGAUUUGUAGAAUAAAUUCAAAAACCAACAACUGCAUAAUUUCCGUCGAUUCAUCUUUGUUGGACCCAAAAAAAGAAACAUCUUAUCUUGUAAGUUUGGUUUAAUUUGGGAAUGGAUCUUCAAUCGUUUGUAAACUAAAAAUUAAACAAAAAAAAUAAGUAAAACUGGAAAAUUGGGACAGAUAUUUUUAUAUGUGCUGCUGGUUCUUUGAAAUAAUUUUUUUUUAAAUUUUGUUUGUAUAUGGUACUGAGUAAUUGCGUUUGUAAAGUGCCGCAACUUUAAUUUUGAAAUUUUUUUUGUGAUAAUUUUUUACUUAUUUAUUUUUGUAAUUCAGUAUUGAAGCUUUAAUAAAUAAUCUGUUCUGAACAGC